UCCUGUCUGGUUAUGCAUUUUUUUUUAGAGACUGGCGCGCGCUGUUCAAAACACAGAGAAGAAACGCGCGCGGGCAGACACGAGACCCGCCAGAGCUCCGCGAGCCACUCCAACAGUUCUUAUUAUUAUUUUAUGAAGGAGCGAGGACAGAGCCGAGCUCGGAGAGGUUUGUAAAAAAUGAUGCCGACUACCAGGAAGAGAAAGCUCCCCUCUCUGGACUCUGACAGUCCAGCCAAGAAGGGAGUGAGGGAGGAGACGUCCCCCGUGAAGAGGAGGUCCCCCCGGAAGAAGCCAGUCAGGUGUCUUAACAAGGAGAACCUUUCAUCGCCACAGAAAUCCCCAAGCAAACCAGCAGACUCUCCAACUAAAUCACCCCAGAAAUCUCCGUUCAAACCUUCUGUGGUUACAAGCUCCUUCUAUGGCAAGAAGAAGCCCAUCUAUCUCACUCCACUAGAGAGGAAGGCGAUAAAGGAGUCUCUGCCUCCUCCUCCUCCUGCGCCUGCUCUUCCUUCCCCUCCUUCACGGGAGAAAAAGAAGAAUAAGAAGAACGUUAAAGGAGGCAGCAAGCCGAGAAAGGUAGCUGCAGGAUCUAAGAAUGCAGGAAAGAUGGGUUUCCAAAGCUAUACGACAUCUUCGAGGGAGAUCAAGCUGCCCAAAGUUAACAGCAGUGUCUCUGCUAAGCCGGCACCCACUACAACCACGGCUCCUGCCGCCAGCAGCACUAAGCCAGCAGAGGCCAAGAAAGCGAUCACCAUGUCUUUCAGCAGCCUGAAGCCCAAACCGAAGAUCUUCGUAGGAGCUGCUUUCUUCGGCACAGGGAAGAAACCCACGUCCAUGUACAAGAAAGUUGCCCCUAAAUCCUCCAGCAGGCCAGCUUCAGGCCCAGUGAAAAGCAAAACUGUCCUCCCACCGACAAAGACUGAGACAUCAAAGCAGCUGCCUCCUGCUCCGGUGAUGAACCAGCAGCAGAAACGUCCAGCAGAGACCAACGUCCAGCCGGUGAAGACAGAAGAGACCCGUCCGAGCACCAAACAGAGAGUGAAGUUUGACCCGACAGACUGGAUGGAUUCUGUUAGCGAGCAGCCUGAAACUCAACAACCAUUGAGCAGCUCUCCUAAAAUGCUGACAGAGAAAUAUGGAAUUAGCAAGGAGCUGACGGUCGUGUUGACAAGGACCCCAACAACAAAAUCUACAUCCAAAACCUUGUCCCUCAGAACUCUGGAUGUUUCUCUGGCAGACGGCGGCUCUGAGCCUGUUUUUGAGCUGAGUGAUAUCAGUCCCACCAGUGCUGCCACCAGUUCCCCUAAAGGAUCCACAGCGGUGUAUCCCAUCUUUGGCUCUGCCUCAAAGAGGUUGAGGAACGCUCUGAAGUCACCGGUGUCCUGCAGCACCCCCUCUGGCCCGAUAACACCACUGCAGACUAAUUCUUCAGCUAAAGAGCGAAGUGUUCGCAGGAAGAAAGAGAAACAGGAUGACGACCAGCUCAUCAUCGACGCCGGCCAGAAGCAGUUUGGAGCGACGACCUGCAGCUCAUGUGGGAUGGUGUACAGCGCAGACAACCCAGAGGACAAUUUCCAACACAACCAGUUCCACCAGCGCUUCCUCGACUCCAUCAAAUUUGUGGGCUGGAAGAAGGAGCGGGUGGUGGCCGAGUUCUGGGAUGGAAAAAUUCUCCUGGUCAUGCCAGAUGAUCCCAAAUACGCCACGAAAAAGGCCGAGGAUGUGCGGCGUGUAGCGGACAACGAGUUGGGUUUCCAGCAGGUGACUCUGAGCAGACCCACGCAGGCCAAGACUUACCUCUUCAUCAACACAGAGCGCAUGGUGGUGGGAUGUCUCGUCGCUGAACCGAUACGUCAGGCUUACAGAGUCCUCGAGCAGCCGGAUCGCCACAAAGACAUGACGAAGGACGACUUCAUGGAGCGACACAGAGCAUGGUGCUGCUCCACCGUCCCAGAACAAGCUCUGUGCGGGGUCAGUCGGAUCUGGGUCUUCAGUCUGGCCAGACGACAGAGCAUCGCAACCCGCAUGCUGGACACCGUCAGGAGCACCUUCAUGUACGGCAGUCAUCUCACUAAGGAAGAAAUCGCCUUUUCUGACCCGACACCUGACGGCAAGCUGUUCGCCACCAAGUACUGCAACACGCCGACCUUCCUCGUUUACAACUUCAUUGCGUGAUGUUUGUAAAGAAUUUAACUUUAAAGACGCGUGACUGUUUUAACAGAGUAUCACAGAUUAACAGAUGUUCAGUCUUUCAUAUGCAACGCAAUAACUGUUCAGGUUUUGAUGUUAACGAGGCUUUAGUCUGUUAGUGUAUAAUACAUCCUGUGUUCAGGAUUAAUUAGGUCUAGAGUUUACACCUGUUCUCAUUCAGUAUUUAUACGUGGUACUGCUUAAUUUACUGUUGAAUGUUGUGUGUAUAUUGGCAGUGCGUUCUCUUCAGAUGUUUAUAUUCUGCUUAAUAAAGAGCUUGACUGAAAAUAUUCCACCUUUCUGAAUACACCCACACAGUUUGCUUUGAAUCGGAGGAUGUGUUGGGAUCAUUUUUGUCUUUUGCAGAGAAAAACUUUUCGAUUCGUUCAUGUUCAGAUUUUAUUUUUCAGACUGCGAGCUCAAAGUUUUUGAAGGAAAUAUGUUGAAAGGUGGAUGUCAUCAUUGUUUCGGUGCAUUCUACUUUGUAAAUACAUUUAAUAAAGACGUUUCCUUUGUUUUAU